AUGUCGAAAGCUAUUGUCAAAACCACUUUCGAGGCGUCCCGUACGCUCCGCCCCAUUUACACUGGUGGUAGCACGGCGCUGGAUGCCAGUGGGCGCAUCUUGCUGAGCUGUGUGGGUGAAGAUGCCUUGAUCGUUGAUUUGGAGACUGGUAACCAGCUUACUAGCUUGGAGGGGGAUGGAGAAAUUGUCACAGGUUUGGCCAUCACGCCUUCCGCCUCACACGCUAUUGUCUGCUCCCGCUCGAUGUCCAUGCGAAUCUACGGCCUCUCAACUUUCGACGAGACUUCUCAGACCAUUGAAGCAAAACUUCUCCGAACCCUCAAGCCUCACACAGCUCCCGUUGUGACCAUUGCCGUUGACCCUACUGGUACACUACUUGCCACUGGUGGUGCUGAUGGCUCAAUCAAGGUCUGGGACAUCAGAGGUGGCUUUGUUACUCACACUUUCCAUGGUCAUGGUGGUGUCAUUUCUGCGCUUUGCUUUUUCGAGGUUCCUACUGCCGACAGCGAUGCCAAGUUAUCCAAAAAGAACAAGUCUAAGCAACUGGCUACGGAGGAUGACGAUGAAGAUAUGGAGAGCUCUGCCCGUACGGGUUCUACCGCAGGAUUCCGCCUAGCAUCUGGCAGUGAAGAUGGCAAAAUGCGUGUAUGGGAUCUGCACAAGAGAAAGUCCAUUGCGUCGCUUGAGUCACAUGUUUCACUUGUCCGGAGUUUGUCCUUCUCUCCAUCAGAGAACGCAUUGAUCUCGGCCAGCCGAGACAAGACUGUCAUCGUCUGGGAUGCGCGUACUUGGAAGACUCGCAGAAUCAUUCCUGUUUUGGAGAGCGUGGAAGCAGCGGCUUUCAUUGCGGAUAGCGGACUGUGCGUUAUCGGUGGAGAGAAUGGCAAACUGCGAGUUUGGGACUGCAAUCGUGGAAGCGAGGUCACAGAGGAACAAGAGGCCGGAGAGGAGUUCGAAAGCGUCGUCGCUAUCCAGUAUUCGCCUGGUUUGCCUUUUGUCCUCACAGUCCAUGCGGAUCAGACUCUCCGCCUCCACUCGCUCGAGUCGCUGUCUGAUUAUAAGCCAGGGUCAACCUUGGAGCCUUUGGCGAUUAUCCGCCGCAUUUCCGGCAAUGACGACGAGAUCAUUGACCUGGCUUACAUUGGGCCUGAUCGAUCGAUGCUUGCUUUGGCCACUAACACCGAGAGUAUUCGUGUAGUUUCGGUUGCUCCCUCAGAAGAUCGACCCUCAAAUCCGGGAGAGGAGUACUUUGGUGCUGAUGUCACACACCUGGAAGGCCACGACGAUAUUAUCAUUUGCAUUGAUGCGGAUUGGUCAGGACACUGGCUAGCAACAGGCGCUAAAGACAACACAGCCCGUCUUUGGCGUAUUGACCCGAAGACAUCGUCUUAUGCUUGCUUUGCUAUUUUCACUGGCCACGCCGAAUCGUUGGGCGCAAUCGCCCUUCCCCGUGUGCCACCCCCUGUUGGCAGUGCUGCAUAUAACGACCCCUUGAACCACCCGCCAGCAUUUUUAAUUACUGGCUCGCAAGAUCGCACAAUCAAGCGGUGGGAUACAAAUAUUAAUGCCAUUGAUAUCGAUUCUACAUCUGAACUGUUUGCCUCAGCAUCACAAGAUCGCACCGUGAAGAUCUGGGCCGCCGACGAAGGCUCGACGGUAGGUGUCCUCCGUGGCCACAAGCGAGGAGUUUGGUCGGUGCGAUUCGCGCCGCAAGGCACACCGAUUAUCAACUCAGAUUCACGUACCAGCACGAGCCGUGGCCUAGCCGUCACAGGCUCGGGUGACAAGACCGUCAAACUGUGGAGUCUGUCUGACUACAGCUGUCUCUUGACUUUCGAGGGCCAUACCAACAGUGUUCUCAAAGUCCUCUGGCUCCCACCUCCCCAAGUCUCGAACAACCAAACGGAUGAGGACGAGGAUGACGAAGAGGCUGCAACAGCACGCAAAAACGCCAUCCAGGACCGUCCCCUUAUCGCGUCCGCCGCGGCAGACGGUCUGGUCAAGAUCUGGUCUCCCUACACAGGCGAGCUCGAAACCACUCUGGACAACCACAUCGACCGAGUCUGGGCGCUUGCCAGCCCAACCCCAUCCGGCUCACGCGCAGACGUGAAGCCAACCUCCUCCAAGCUCAACACCACCCCGUACGCCAUUGCCUCCGGUUCCGCCGACGCAACAGUGACCUUCUGGACUGAUACCACGUCAGCCACCUACACAGCCGCUGUCAACGCCAGCUCCGCUCGCGUCGAACAGGACCAAGAGUUGCAGAACUACAUCCGCGCCGGUGCCUACCGCGAAGCCAUCACUCUGGCCCUGCAACUCAACCACCCGGGUAGACUGCUCUCGCUCUUCACCUCCGCCAUCGACGCCGCAGAUGACCCAACACUCCCUGCCGAGGACCGCGAGCGUGCUGCAGCCAGUCUGUCCGGUAACCCGUCCAUCGACGAAGUCCUGCAGAACUUGGACCCCGCUAAUCUGCGCACCCUCCUGCUCCGUCUCCGGGACUGGAACACCAAUGCGCGCACCUCGCGCGUGUCACAGCGCAUCCUGUAUGCUCUGUUCCGCUCUUACCCUGCGUCCACUUUCGUGGAGCUUGCGACCCAGUCCGUCCGCGGAAAGGAGGGUCGUGCCGCGGCUGGUAUGAAGGAUAUUCUGCAGGCGCUGGCUGCAUACACUGAGAGGCACUACCGGCGAGUUGAGGAGCUGGUUGAUGACAGCUACCUGGUGGAGUGGGUUCUCGGUGAGAUGGAUGGUGGCGUUGGUCUUGGUGGACUGCGUGAUUUGAUUGUGGGUGAUGCCAGUGACGAGGAAGAGCAUGAGAAGGACGUUAUUAUGUUAGAAGCAUAG